CGUUAUUCGUCCUCGUCCUCUUCGUCCUCGUCCUGGCCGUCCUGGCCGUCGUCGUCGUGGUCGGUCGUCGUCGUUGUCGUCCCACCUUCCCCUCCUCCUGCCCCUCUUCUGUCCGCCUUCCUUACCCACGCUUUUCGCAGCCCAUGUUAUCAUCAUGCUCGGGUAUCAGCAGGUACCGACUCGAUCGCUCACGCGCGGGCGAAUGCUGACUGCUGCCGGCGGCGCAGCGGCGGUCGCCGCACUCGUCAUAUAUUCGUCCCGCUUCGUAGGAGGAUGGGCCGCCGUUCGCUUCAGCAGGCUACGUCACAUGGGCGUGCCGACUCUGAAAGGCAAGGUAUUUGUCGUGACUGGUGGCAACCGGGGCAUCGGCCUCAUAGUGUGCGCAAAGCUCAUCGCGGCGGGUGCGACGGUCAUCAUGUGCACGCGGCGCCCUGGAGCGCUAAGCGAGUGCGCGGCCCGGCAGCUCCGUGAAGGUGGUGCGGAUGUGCAUUGCAUGGCGCUCGACCUUUCAUCUCUCGAGUCGAUCGCAGCUUUCGCUGCGGCGUUCCGUGAAAAGUUCUCGAGAUUGGACGUGCUGAUUCUUUCGGCAGGUGUCGCGAAAAGCAUGCAGGACUCUGACGGGUUUGCGAAAACGGGGCAUGGCUUUGAAGAGUGCAUCGGUGUCAAUUUCCUUGGUCACUUCGAGCUCACGCUCCAGCUGUUACCACUGCUUCGUGCCACUGAAGGCUCGCGCGUGGUGGCUGUGACUUCGGUUGCGUCGGCCAACAGCUACCCAGAGGGGAUCAACUACGCGUCGUGGCGGUUCCGCGUGCCCUACUACAGUGACUGGGCCCAGUACGGCCAGUCCAAGCUGGCGCUCAUCCUGUUCAUCGAGGAGCUGCGCAAGCGCGAGCCCUCGCUGCUCGCGGUGGCGUGCCACCCGGGCGUCUGCGAGACGGAGCUCACGAAGACGGGCAGCUGGCUUGAUGCCAUCUACAGCCGUGUUGUGUAUUCCGUGCUCGGGAUGCGCGCGAAGGAUGCCGCGCUAAACGUGAUGUGGUGCGCCACGGCGGGUGGCUUGGCGUCCGGUGAAGUGUAUCAUCCUAUCUUGGGGGUUCAAGACGCACUGGUACCAGCGCGUCGGUGCGCUGCAGGCGCCGGUGGCGGUGAGGACCUCGCACGCCGACCUGUGGGAGCGCGCGGUUGCCGAGAUAGAGGCUGCCAGGGCACGGGCGUCGUGAGAUCUGGAUCGGCGUCGGCUGCCCAAGUCGGAGACUGCGCCGGAGUCUGCGGCCCUACGGUUGAUGGACAAACUCCUGCACUUUGUUUUUCGAUUUUCGUUUUCGCCCCUCGCGCCCCCAGUUUUAUGUCGGGCGGGCUUUGGCGCGAGCUGUCGAUCUGCCGACUGGCCUAAAUCCUGCACCCCGCGGGCGCAGCCAAUCAACAUCGAAUCGGGGUCAGGGGGGCGCGUGGAAGUUUGCGCCGUCGCCCUGGUUGCGCGGGUGGUCCAGGAUCUGCUCCAUCAACCGUACCUCUAGGCACCCUAAUUUGCGGUCGGAGUAAAUGGAUUCGGCGGGUUGCACCGAGUCGCUAAUACAUCAGCGACAAGGGCUCGACUCGGGGCCCGAUGCUCUCC